GUCUCCGUGAUGUUUCAAAAUGGAGUGAAAAAACAAGAAAGCCUUUGGAAGCAAUGUAUGGACAUGAAUAUUUCAGCAAAAUAUGUUCAGCUUGGGUAGAUGGAAUCUCCCAGUUCAUGAAAAACCCAAAUGGUGAUAUCUGUCAGCGUUUGCUGCCUCAUAUUAAAUGCCCAACGCUAAUUAUACAUGGUGAGAAAGACCCAUUGGUACCCCGUUUUCAUGCAGAAUAUCUCCACAAGCAUAUCCGAGGUUCACGGUUGCAUUUUAUGCCUGAAGGAAAACAUAAUUUACACCUACGGUUUGCGGAAGAGUUUAACAAAAUGGUAGAAGAAUUUCUUGUGUAGAGCACCUGUUUCUUUGCUGUUCCUGAGAGAUUGGUAUAGUUCAAAGUGAAACUGGCAACAGCAAACUGUAUUCUUAAGGGAAAGAGUGCAACAAGGGAACAUACAUGAUUUGUCCUACUCAUCCUUUCUCCAAAUGAGAGCAAAACUGAUGUAUGCCAACAAUUCCGGGACAUGGGAAAUGAUUAAAAACUGCUAGAAGUGGGAAUAUUUUCUCAAAGGCUUUGUAGAAAUGUUAAGGGAGAGACACACAAGUUUCAAUAAAUACUUUUUUUAUUGCCCAGAUUCAAUCUUGAAGAAAAGCACAAAGAGAAGUCAUUAUCGAAAACGCAUGCCUUGAUACACUGAACACCACACAAAAGCCAUUGUAGAAUUUCACUGCAGACAUUCUUGAAGAGUUUAUUAUACAAUACUCAAAAGGAAGCAACAUAAGACAGCGCCACAGAAAACAUGCUCAAUCCAGGCUGUCUGAAUUCAUGCCUGCUCUACUAGCAUUCUAGUUGCAAUUGUGCCCGUUUCUUCCUCAAAGUCUGGGUCGGGUUUUGUUUUGUUUUUUUAAAGAAAAAGGCUGCAGACAUGAUUUGGAACAUCCAGUGAUUCUGAAUAUUAAAAAAAAAAUACUACCUUAGUUCUUAAAUUGAGAGGGAAUAAGUUCCUAAGAUUACAAGCCAAUGAUUUCCUGCAUUGCAAAAAAAAAUAGUUUUAGAAUCCAGUUGUUGCAAUAACUGCGUCUUUUGAGGACCCCAAAAGUUGGAAAUGAGACAGUUCGAAUCAGAAUAAAGUGUUACAAGUUACAUAUAGAAUUCUAAUUGUAACUGUAAGCACUUCUAUCCAGUGUGUGUUUGAGUGAAGGCACAAGACAAGGAAAAAGCUAAUCAACGUAAGUUUGCCUACUGCCUCUGCAAUUGCGUAGAAUAUUCUUUAGCAUGUGCAAAAAUAUUUCAUGGGGUAGACCAGUGGUUCCCAAA